AUGUCGGAGGGCACGGAGCAAGAGGACACUGCAGAAUACUUGACUUUUGGUGUCAGACAUGGCAUUGAGCAGGCAGCACAAAAGCACUGCUUCGUCUGCAGCCAGAGCGAGGCCACCAUCACCUGUGCUGAGAUGGGCUGUGACUGCAGCUUCCAUCUGCCUUGUGCUGCACAGGGUGAAUGUGUCACCCAAUACAACUUGGCUCCGUUCAGGGCCUUCUGCUGGGAGCACGGCGCACAGCAGGCAGUGGAGGCAGCCCUGGAGGAGAAUGACAUCUGCCUCAUCUGCCUGGAACCUGUGGUGGACAUAAGGCAAUACGCUGUAUGCAGUGGAUUUACAUAUUUCCAGUGCCCACACUGCAGAAACAGUGACCAGUUUCAGCUGGAAAUGUGCAUUGUGGGGAUCCAAAUCCCCCUCAGAGGAGUGAUGGCCACCAUGGAGAAUGACUCCUAUGCCAGCUGGUUCCCUGCCUACAAAAUGCAAAAGGAAGCCGCAGAUGUGAUUGUGGACUUUGUCAGCAACCCAGGAAAGGUAACAGUGGCCAUUCCAACUGAUGGGGGCUCUGCUGCUGGACCUGUGUCCCCCUUCUCACCCUCCCUGAUGGUCUCUCCAUCCCCUGGCUGCCAGGGGCAGGACCAGAAGAUAAAGUUCUUGGAGUGCAUCCACAUGCUGUGUAGAACCACCAGACACAGUGGCUUGACAGAGGGCCUGGAUGUCUUCUGCCACAGAUAUGAGCUGGCAGAGAACAUCAAGGAGCUGCUGGAAGAGGAGCCCAGGCACCAGCUGCAGACACAAAUGCAGCAGCUCGCCAUGCUGGCCAUUGCUGAGCUGAGCUCAGUGCAGACAGUGCUGGAGGGCAAAGAGCAGAGCCUUCUACAAGUCUGCUUCUCCAGGGUCUUCUUGCUGCCUCCAAAACUGAAAAUGAGGAAGCUGGACAUUGCCCUUUACUCCAAGACCCUGAAAGCCAUGGAUGCCAUGCUAAAGGAGUUGCUGCAGAACAUUCCUGCCCCCAGAUUCAAUGAGCUGCUGCAGACGAUCUUCCAGCUGCUCCUGAACUUCACCUCCUCCGAGGAAGCCUCUGUGCGUCGGAGGAGUGUGAGGAGGAUUGGGAAUCUGGUCAAUUUUCUGACCUCACGGAAGGCUGCUCCCCAUGGGCACAGCCAAGCCUCCAGUGAAGACUCCCAGAUCCCAGUACUAGGAAAGCUGCUGGGACAGCUCCUCCUGCUCACAUCAUUCAAGGACAGAGAGACCCGCAGGAUGGCUUUGGCUGCUCUUCGUUCCCUCUACAUACUCAUUCAACAAAAACUGAUGACACUGCCAGAGGAGGAUGAGGAGCCCAAAUGGGAAGCUCAGGCUAUGGCCAUGUGCUGUGUGACCAGCGCUACAGACAUCAUCGAGGCAAGAAAAAUGCAGGUGCUCCUGCCAGACCUGAUGGAGCUCCUGCAGGGUGGCAGCAAAAAUAUCAAGAUGAAGGCCCUAGUGCUCUUCCUAAAUGUGAUGCCUCAACUGAGGAGGGAGGAGGCCAGCACCAUUGCUGUGGAGCUGGUGGACAAGCUCCUGCCCCUCUUUGAUGAUGGUGUCGGUGAGGUGAGGGAGCUUGCCAUCCUCCUCUUCACGAACCUGGUGAGGGUGGCUGGGGGGAAGAAGAGGCAGAUGAAGAGCAAAGUGCGAAGGGGCCUGCUCCUGCUUUGCUUUCACCUGAGGGACAAAAGCCAGUGCGUGGCCAAGUCCCACGGGGCUCCCGACUGGGAGAUGGGAAUGUUUUGGGCGGGUGCUGGCGGGAGGGACUGGGACAUGCCCAUAGCCGCCUGCUCUCUCCAGCUGCAGCUGGGCAGGAGCAGGGCCGAGGAGUACUUGCACCAGAGCCUACCGUACCUGCAGGACCCUCGGGCCACCGUGAGGGAGGAGACCAUCAGGUUGAUCGGGAUUGUCGCGCGGAAGCAGAGCAAGGAGAAGCUAUCGGAGAUCAUUGGUGGUGAGCAGGGGCAGAGCUGUGAUGGGAUUGGGACAGGGCCUGGGCAGGGGGCUGCCGUGUCUGACCCUGCUCUAGGGAAACUCAUCAGGAGAGGGGGAUAUGUCAGGGACACUUGGGGCAUUGCUGAGCUGCAGCUUUCUCCUGGCCAGGGAAAGGGGAUGCUGUACUCUGGAGGGGAUGCCGAGGGGUCUGUGCAGACACCAUGGGACUUCUUGGCUCUCUCUUUCGGUCACAGCUCUUCAGCCCUUGACGAAGGACAGCAAAGCCUCUGUCCGCUGCCUAGCAGCUCAGACCUGUUACAUUCUGGGCUGUCUAAGCAUGAAGGCAAGAUCAGGAUGCCCUGGGCGACUGUGGAGCUGCUGGCGCCGCUAGGCCAGGUUGAGGUGCAGCUCUGCUCCAUAUCAGCAACGGGUUUAGGACUAGAUGAUCCUCAAGGUGCCUUCCAGUCCGACUCAAUCUGGGACACUGGGAUUCCUGAGCAGCAGCUUCCAGCUGUGUGCUGUGUGACCAGCGCUACAGACAUCAUCGAGAUGCUGGACCUCCCCAACCUUGGUGUUGUGCUGGACCUGGCCCUGGAGAUCUUCCCUGCCUAUCUGGAGAGUCAGAGCCUGGGGAUGCCCAGCCUGGUGCUCGGGGGCAUCCUGAAGCUGACCCAAAGGCCUGACACA